AUGGGCCAGGCGAUCGCCAUGCAGUCUGCGAUCUUGCCAGCGGAGUUCCAGCAUAUGUUCUCUCGAAUGUUCGAUGAUGCGCCCCAGAACGACUGGAAGGAAGUCGAGAAAGUGAUUCGGGAGGACUUUGGAAAGUCGCCCGAGGAGGUCUUCGGCGUCUCAUUUACCGGCGAGUCUGGUAAAGGUGUGAUGGAGCGCAAGGCGCGAGCCAGCGCCAGCGUCGCACAGGUCCACUGGGCUCGUUUGCAGGACGGCAGUGAAGUCGCAAUCAAGAUUCAAAAACGGGAGAUCGUACAGCAACUAGCCUGGGAUCUUUGGGCUUUUAAGGUUGUAACAUUCAUCUACAGCAAAAUAUUCGACAUCCCCUUCUACAGUCUCGUCCCAUACAUCAGCGAGCGACUGUCACUCGAGACCGACUUCGUGAAUGAAGCAGACAACUCAGAGAACAUGGCAAAGCUGGUGGCUGGAGAGCCCCGCUUGCGUGAUCGUGUGUACAUCCCCCGGGUAUACCGCGAAUUGAGCUCUAAGCGUGUAAUGACCGCCGAAUGGGUGGAGGGCGUGCGGCUCUGGGACAAGCAGGCUAUCACACGACCCUGGCGUGGAGGUUGGCGAGAGGGCAGUCCAGGCUGUCACGGAACACCUCUAGAUCAACCCGGAACGCCUACAGACCACAGACCCCGGGCAGGGAAGCUCAAGCCAGAGCGUGACUACUGGCGAGGCCAGAACAACCGCGGUGGCCUAGGACUCUCCUUGAAGGAAGUGAUGACAACUAUGGUCGACUUGUUCUCCGCCCAGAUGUUCCUUUGGGGAUACGUGCACUGCGACCCGCACCCGGGCAACAUCUUCAUUCGCCGCAAGCCGUCUGGCCAGCCGGAGCUGGUUCUGAUUGAUCAUGGCUUGUACAUUCAUAUGGAGCCUAACUUCCGACACCAAUACGCACGGUUCUGGAAAGCCCUCAUGACCUUUGACAAUCGUACGCUGGGCGAGAUCGUCAAGGGCUGGGGUGUGAACAAUCCUGAUAUCUUCGCAUCGGCCACUCUGAUGCGCCCAUACAGCGGGGGUGACUUGUCAACCAAGCGGGGCAUCAAGGGACUUAGCAAAUCUGAGCGCGCGGAAAGAUCCUACGAGAUGCAACAGGCGGCACGCAAGGCCAUCCGGGAUAUUCUAGGCGAUGAAACCAAGUGGCCGCAAGAGCUGAUCUUCAUUGGCCGCAACUUGCGCAUUGUUCAGGGCAACAACCAGUUCCUGGGGUCGCCGGUGAACCGUGUUAAAAUCACAGGAAUAUGGGCAUCGCGUGCGCUGAUUGAGUCUCCUGAUCUCUCGCUGGUCGAGAAGGUGCGCAAUCUUGGUCGCCAUUUCGUGUUCCGCGUGGUCCUGUUUAGUACCGACGUAUUCUUCUAUUUCACUAAAGUGCGCCAGUUCCUACGUCUGGGUGGAGGUAUGGAAGAUGACCUCGAGGCCCAGAUGCAGGGCAUGGCGAAGGACAUGGGUGUCGAGCUGAACCACGAGGUAUUCGAAGGAUAG